AUGGCACAAAAAGCCAAAAAAGAUCGUGCGAAAGCGAACACCGCGAGUUUGAACAGUCUUCACAUCGGAACGCUUUCCGUACACGCCAUCUUCCUACUAUUUAACCUCCUCUUCAGACGACGCUCCAUCCUCGUCUACAUCAUAUUAUCAGUCCCCAGUCUGAUAGCAGAAUUCAUACUCGAAAGUACGGGGAGACCGAAAUAUGAUCCCUCGACCAAGGCAUUGAAGAAUUCGGGAGAAGACCUAGCAGCGCCGGGGUUGACGGAGUAUAUGUUUGACGUGAUUUGGAUCACCUGGGCCUCGUUGAUUUCGGUUCUGGUUUUUGGGGAUUGGGGAUGGCUGUUGUGGGCGGUAGUGCCGGUGUAUGGAGCUUAUAAAGGAUAUGGACUCUUGGGUAUGGCGAGGGGGUUGAUGGGUGGUGGUGGAGGAGCUCAAAUGCCCGAGGAGCAACAGGCCGCGCAGGCUGGAAAUAGAAGACAGAGAAGAGCUGCGUAA